UAACUUUCUUUGGCGGCGCUUUGGAUUUUCGGCGUCUUCAAAUUAAUAUAUGAUAUUAUAAAUAAAUAACGUUACGACGCCUGCCCGUAAAUUUGUGUUGUGUUUUGGAAAGAGAGGAUUGUGCAUUGGCGAUUGUGCAACACGUCAGAAUCCAGAAAGGCAACUUAUCCAGAUUACGCUAGAAUGCUAAGCAAGAUGGCGCAGCCCAAUAAUUCCGGUGGAAGUGGCGGUGGACGUAGAGCACCAAUGUCUCUCAAUGCCGGCGGCCCUGUAGCUCGGGCUCAGCAACAGCAGCAACAAUUGAGCGGCAGUAACGGCCGCUCCAACAGCCCACAGAAUUCCAAUGCAGCAAGAAAAUCCGAACCGCAGCAGGCAGGCGCUCCUUUUGUUGCUAUCAAGGAUUUUAAGAAAGCACAACAACAGCAUGCGCCCUCCCCGCCAGUACUUGAUGAUAAGAAAGGUUCAAAUGGUGUCAGCAAGCCACCGAAUGUUAAGGAAAAGGUUCCACAGAAUAGCAACAAUACUACCACCUCUAAGGAAGAAGUCAAAAAGGAUCAGAAAUCAAAAGAUAAAGGGUCUGACAAGAAGGAAUCGAAAGCUGACACCAAACGCGAUCCAACUGAUGAAAACACUUCUAAGCCCAAAAAAGAUAGCGAGAAGGAAACUAUCCAAAAUUUAGCAGCUGUGGAGCAUAAAAAUACAAAAUUUGUUGAGAAAGACGAUGAUGUUAUAGUGAUCGAAUCCGAUAACGUUGUGGGGGAUGUCCCCACCACACCGACAUCCGAUCGAAAGUCCGCCCGCAAAGCGGCAAGCCAGCAAAAAUCACCGAGUAGUAAGCAAAACGUUUCGCCGGCACCUAAAAAACCGCCACAGCCAGAAACGAUUGUUUCUACCACAGCAGACGUCACAGAAGACGUCGUCAUGGAACCGCUAACAGUUGAUGCUUCACCAAUCAAAAACCUGGCAAACGUCGCUAGCAGUAGCAAUACGCAACCGGCAGCCACAUCCACACCUGGACGUAGCAAUUUGUUUGGCUUUAGAAGCAGCAAGCAGACUAACGAAGUGGAAUUGGCCGCCCAGCCCUCUAAUUCGCCACCAAUAGGGCCACCGCGCUCCUUUGCGCAGAUCACCGGCCGGCGCAGCAUACGCCCAAUGCCCAAGCUUACACCAGCCCAGUUGGAGAGCUACCGGAGCAUCAACAGCGAACUGGAUGUAUCUAGCUGUACAAAUGCAAGCAUGAAUGCCACUGUUGGCUCGGAGAUACCUAACAGCUCGUCGUUCUCAUUCUCGUUCUUUGGGCGUGGUCGCAAACGUGAGCGUACUCCGCCUCCAUUGACGGGCUCGCAGUCGGCCACUGAUCUGGCCCAAGACUUAUCGCCGCCUAAGCGUGCCCGCUUCGAAUUGUUCAACAUCAAUCUGGCCUCCCCCUUCACCAUGUUGCGCACACGUUUCUCAAAGGCCAGUAUUAGCACACCCUCCCGUCUGCAGCUGGACCAAACACCACCAGCUGGUGACGAAGAGGGCGAAGUACAGAAUGUAUCGGGCAUUGUUAUCGAGGAAGAGGAGCAGCUUAACACAUCUGCGCAGCCCAGUGCUAACGAAGAAAACAAGGGACUCACUAUCGGCCAAGAAGCUGGUCUAGACACACCAACAAAGAGCGGAACAACACAAAAAGAUGUGGGUGCCGAGCAAGUUGAAGGCGAUGCAAGUGGUCAACAUGAAUCUGCUGAAAUUCUCGCUGAGGGAGAAGGCAUCAACAGAUCGCGCUGCUCUAUAAUGUAAAAGCUAAAGGAUCUUUUUAUUUCUUCAUUUUCUCCAUAUACACACAUUUGUAGUUUAGGUUUAAAGUAUCAUUAUUAGUAGUUCUGUCACAUAAUUAUGUGUAAUUACACGCACUUGGUUGAGCGAGCUGGGUCAUGUUUCCCAACGUGGAAAUUGAUGCCAUGCAUGACUCUCUCCAGUGCAGUUGUGUCUUAAGAGAAUUUCUCGCUGAAUGCUUUUGCGGUUUCGAAAAAAAGACAGAAGCAUCCACUGACAAAUCUCACGGGCAUGAAGAAUGGAAUAGUAGUAAACGAAAAGAUGAUAGGUACCCGUUACAAUGGGGUACAACACACAUAAAAAAGAACAAAGAGAAAUUGAGAUAUGAUGUAUCUAUAAGUCUUACGUUUUAUGUACGAUUUUAUAUUUUGUCCUACCGUAAACAUCAUUUGUAUUAAAUGUAACAAACGAGAAAAAACAGAAUUUGCAGCAAAUACAAAAAAUCAACUUAUUUGUAAAAAUGUACCCCGUAUUUUAUAAAUA